UGCAACAUACACCGAUGUCUACGAUUCAAGUACGUAGCACCAUCUUGCCAGCACUCCUUUCCUGAUCGUUUCACCAAUUCUUCCGUCUCGGAACAGCAGCAGAAACUGCUUUAAUACGCAGAUACCCGGAUGUACCCAAGGGGGAAUGUACGUCAUUGUUCACCGCCGGACGCCCGCUGGAUAGGGGGAUGGACAGAUACGGCCACAAUAACUAAUACAUUUACAAAAUAACAGCAAUGAACAAUGACCAUAGUUGACAAACCAUCAGAGCAGUCUGACCCUGAGUCAGGUCAGCUCAAGCUCUCAGGCUCCCUGUUGUCAUUGACGCCUGGUGAUAUGGAUGGAGGCUCUGCUAACUGGGGCAUAGGCUCUCCACCCUCAGAUACCUCCAAAGCGAAGACCUGUGUGGAGCCCACCCCUGGAGCUGCUGUUUACAGCAGCGGCACAGCAGCCACAGGAGACAGACAGAAGGAGCAGGUGGUGACCGGCGGUGAUGGUAUUGCUCCCCCGCAGAAAGUUCUCUUCCCUGCGGAGCGAAUCAGUCUGCAGUGGAACCAGGUCCAUCGCAUUGGAGCGGGACUCCAUAACCUGGGCAACACUUGCUUCCUAAACUCUGCCCUGCAGUGUCUCAGUUACACUGCUCCCCUUGCGAACUACAUGCUCUCCCGGGAGCAUUCGAAAACAUGUCAUGAACCCAACUUCUGUAUGAUGUGCAUCAUGCAGAAUCAUAUUAUUCAAGUCUUUGCCAACUCUGGAAAUGUCAUAAAGCCCAUUGGUGUUCUCAAUGAGCUAAAACGAAUCGCAAAGCAUUUUCGCUUUGGGAAUCAGGAAGAUGCUCAUGAGUUUUUGCGGUACAUAAUUGAUGCUAUGCAAAGGUCGUGCCUCCCUGGAAAUAAAUUAGACAGGCAAACCCAGGCAACUACAUUCGUCCAUCAAGUUUUUGGAGGCUACCUACGAUCGAGAGUGAAAUGCCUGAACUGCAAAGCAGUCUCUGAUACGUUUGACCCCUUCCUGGAUGUUGCUUUGGAAAUAAAGACUGCCCAGAACAUCACCAAAGCUCUAGAACAGUUUGUUAAGCCUGAACAACUGGAUGGAGAGAAUGCCUACAAAUGCACCAAGUGUAAAAAAAUGGUGCCCGCCUCCAAGAGAUUCACCGUUCAUCGCACUUCCAGCGUGCUGACCAUUUCCCUGAAACGCUUCGCAAACUUCAAUGGUGGAAAGAUUGCCAAGGAUGUGAGGUACCCCGAGCAUCUGGACAUGCGUCCAUUUAUGUCUCAGUCUCACGGAGAGCCCUUGAAUUACCUUCUGUACGCUGUGCUGGUUCACUCGGGAUUCAGCUGCCACGCUGGGCACUACUACUGCUACAUCAAGGCCAGCAGCGGUCAGUGGUAUCAGAUGAAUGACGCUUCAGUCACUGUCAGCGACAUCAGAACGGUCCUCAACCAACAAGCCUAUGUCCUGUUUUACAUCAGAUCCCUAGACUUGAAAAAUGGAGUGGAACACAACCAUUGCAGUCGAAUGCCUGGCCAGUCCUCCCCACGCCCCAUUCUCGCACCGCGACCAGCCGGGCCCCAGCCGUCCUCUACCGGCUUCAUCGGGCCUCAGCUGCCCCCCCACAUGGCCAAGAACUCCCCACACGUAAAUGGGACCGGCUCCGUUCGAGGGCUACCCUCCUGCUCGAAGCCUAGUAGCAGCCUUGUAAGCAGAACAGGGUCCAGCAUUCCUUCCAGUACCAUUGCCUCCCAGGUGCUUAAUCGGCCCACCAGGAUCCCCGAGUCUGCCAAGAGGCAGAAGCUGUCCUUCCUCAUUGGUCAGGGGAAGACAGUGCGGCCUCCCGGGAGCCAGCCAGCCCUUCAUUACAACCCCAGCUGCUCGUCAUCCAUUACCUCCCAGCUACAAACACAACCCUCAUCGUCCACUGCCACUGCCUCCUCUUCCUGCUCACGGUCUACCUCAGAAAAUCUGCCAGCUGCAGUGUCCCGGCCCGGCCUUCCCCACGUCUCUCAGGGCUCCCGUGUGAACGGCACUUCCCAUAACCACUGUGCCGCUUUCCUGGUGCCCUACGGCCAGGAGUCCUCCGAAGAGUCCGACCAGGAAGGAGGAGCCAUGGAGAAUGGCCUUGCUGGGCCUCAUGGCAUGCCCGCUGUAAACGGGAGCAGCAGGGUUAUUACCGCAGAGACCCAUGUGUGGGAGAAUGGCUCGGGACCAUCCCAUAAUGGCAGUAGACCAAGCCAGAAUGGGCUACACAAGGUCAAUGGUGUCAACCAUAGUGAGAAGGUCUCUCCUGAGGCACUGGGCCUAAGUUGUUCUCAGAAUCCGUCUCCCAGAGUGGGUGACGGCAGAGACGCCCCAGCCAGUGUUACAGAGACCCUGGACACAAACCCUGUGGAGAUUGGGCCUGGCAAAGAAGCAUUGCUUCCUACAGCCUCCUCCUCCCAAAUGGGUCAACCCCGCAGCUGUACCUCUGUCCAAGACAACAAUGCCUCCACUAAAGGAAUAAGAGCUAGCAGUCACUUGAAUGAGCUCGCCGACCCUGUGUCCAGUGUGGCCUCUGAUCCCGGUCUGACACUGGAUAGAAAUACUACGACUGAAGUUAAAGCUAAGCCAAUUGAUGUGGUCUCUCAAACCGCUGGUGAUGUUUCUCAAAACAACACUGUCACCUUGAUGGAUGCUCCCGGUGCCUCUAACCACGGCUCCACAGAUGCUGGUUCCAUUAACAGUUUGCCAUCUGGUCCAAGCCUGGUUUCUGGAAGUGUCCUUUCUAGAGUGAAGGAAAGCACAGAAGCUGCAAAAGCAGCAUGGAGAAAUACCUCUGAAAGCAGCGGCCAUAUACCCAGGUUUGAGAGCAAAGGGGAGUCUAAGGAGUCCAACCCAAGACACAGUGCCAGGGAAGGAAAGGGGGCCGUGGAUAAAGCAGUCCACCUCUUUAGAAACUGGGAUCGAGGGCCAGAGAAACACCGGCACCGUCGGGAGAGAAGCCGGGACCGGAGCAGGGAGAGGAGCCGGGCCCAGAGCAGGGAGAGGAGCCGUGAGAGAAGCCGGGACCGGAGCAGGGAGAGGAGCCGUGAGAGAAGCCGGGACCGGAGCAGGGAGAGGAGCCGGGACCGGAGCCAUGAGAGAAGCCGGGACCGGAGCAGGGAGAGGAGCCGUGAGAGAAGCCGGGACCGGAGCAGGGAGAGGAGCCGUGAGAGAAGCCGGGACCGGAGCAGGGAGAGAAGCCGGGACCGGAGCCGUGAGAGAAGCCGGGCCCGGAGCCGUGAGAGGAGCCGGGACCGGAGCCGUGAGAGGAGCCGUGAGAGGAGCCGGGACCGGAGCCGUGAGAGGAGCCGGGACCGGAGCCGUGAGAGGAGCCGGGACCGGAGCCGUGAGAGGAGCCGGGACCGGAGCUGGGACCGGAGCCGCUACAAGCAUGACCGGAGCUACCGCUCUUAUAGGGACAGGUCUCGCAGUCGGGACCGACACCACAGGGAUAGGGAGGCAGAGAGACGUUGGGAUCGCUUUGGACACUACAGCAGGGAGCACUACCACCGGUCCAAAGAAGAUCGAGACCGUAGACACGGUGAACACGACCAUGAUUACGACAGGCUCCUGGGGUACCGUCGCCGGGAGGAGCUCUGCAGCCAGAGGCGCCGUUCAGAGGAGGGACGAGGACGGGGGCACCACACUCAGGACGGAGACCACGGCAGAGCCAGGCACUCGCCCCAAGCCACUGCAUCGCCACCCCCUGGCCGUGCCAGAGGCUCCCACAUGCGACUACCCAUACAGGAGCAGCACUCUGAGGACCGUCACACCAAGAAACACAAAAAGUCCAAGAAAAAGAAAAAAGCAAAGGACAAGUAUCGGGAGCAUUGGGGCCAAGAUACAUUUGAGAGGAACUCCGACGGCAGCUCCAGGAAGCACAAGAAGAAGAAGAGGUCGAGACAUGAGGCAGACUCCCCAUGCGAGAGCCGCUCCAGCCUAAGUGGUGAGGAGCACCGUGGUAGCGACUACGACAAGGCAAGCCGCAAGCGGCAGCACCACGGGGAAGAGCGCCCAGCCUUUGGCAAACGCUGCCGGACUGAGGACAGCCAUCACACUCACAGUGGGCUGCAGCACCACAGCCAUACAGGGAACGCCACAUCUCAGUCAAAGAGUAACACUCACGCAUGCUCUCAUAAUGGCCUGAGUGCAGAGACGGACCACAGAGACUCGGAGCAUGAAGAUUCUUUCCUCUAUAAGACUGAAAGAAACAAGGAGCAAGCCACUUGUGAGGACAUGGGAGGGAGUAGAGACACUGGAAGACGCUUGUCCUGCAGUAACAUGGACAGAUGUGAAGUUGGUGAGAGAUUUUUAGGGUUUAGGACAAAUUCCCUGAUGGUCCAUAGCUAUACAUAUGUUGCAGAAAGAAAAGGCAUUGCAUUAAAUGUCAGUUUGUAGAAUCUUCAGAUAUCUGUCACAUGAAGCCUUACGAUAAAUUACACAGUUUUAGACUGAAUCAGGUUUGUUUACUGUAGGGAAUACAAAACUGGAAAUGUAAACGUUUUUAACACAAAAAAAUGCAGCGUAAUAUGUGGGUCUUGAAGACUGAUUGUGCGCAUUUCAUUUUUUAAAAACAGAAUGAAAACAUGAUUUUUUUUCCGUUCAGUGAAGGUAAGGAUUGAUAUCAACAUUCUGACCUUCCAUAAAAGACAGAUUAAUUGUAUUGGCCAGAUGAGGAAUACAUAUUGUUUUGGGAUUGGUCCACCACCAUACACAUUUAUCUUAUUAAUGUGAUAACUUGAAAAGUAUUUCAUAAAUCUUUUUCAAACUUUGCAAAAGUGUUGCAUGGGUGAAACUCUGGAAAUGAUCAAAUUUUGAAACAAAUCACUCAAAAACUGAAAUAGCACUGGAAAGUGGUACCAAAUAAAAGGGCAGCCUCAGACACUUGACCUCGUUAGCCCGAUAGUGUUUGUCGGAUCAUUUUCAAAUUUAACAGGGACUUUGUAUAGGAGAAGGUGUGGAACUGAUUUAAUUUUGAGACUAGGGAGUACAUGGUUGUCAUUCUGACAGCAUCUAGUUUAUGACAUUUUUUUGAAGCGCUUUCUUGUAUGAUUUUUGGCUAAAAGGUGUAAUAGUGUGAUGGUAAGGCAGAUCUUUCUAAAAUAAGCAGCUUGUGCAGUAUAAUAUGCAUUUCUUUGUACCUUUUCAAGAUGGUUACCAACAUUCUGUAUUUCCUUGUCUUUGUUUUUAGACCAUGGAUUUUGUGAACGCCUUCUUCAAAAGAAGUGAAUUUCAAAUGCCGAACAAAUUAAAUCCUGCUAAUGGGAAAGUGGUGCUUUAAUCAUAAAUUAUACUGUAUUUUUACCACAGAAGAUGUUUUAGAUAUUCUUUUUUUUUUUUAAGCUGAAAUGUUCAUUUAACAUGUGGUAAAAAGUAUCAUAGUAAACAUCCUUAGAAUGCGACUGAAAUAUAUUUAAUAAUGAACUGUAAUCAAAGAAGAAGCCUGGAGCUUAACAUCUCAGCUGCUGCUCAUAGACUCAGGACUUUGUCACUUUUAAAUGAGACUGCUUUCCUUUUUACGGUGUUUUCCUAGGAUGAAUGGAAGCUAAAAAGAUUCAUUAAAGGAAUGGCUAAGUACUUGGCUGUUGCCUUCAGAGUUGGGAUGUCACCAUAUCCACAGGAUAGAAUCUGAUACUGAGUGAAUUGGUUGUUGUGUUGCGUACACUUGCACCCCAAUGACAAUAACCUGGACAGGCUAGAGAGCAUAGUUUUACACACUUAUUUUUCUCCUCUAGCAGCUCAUCACUGGAAAGGAUUUGUUGGCUUUCACUGAAAACCAUGUUCCAUAAACCUCCAUAAAUCGUGUAACAUGUCUGCUCAUCGAACUAGUUCUGCUUUCUAAGGCAAAAAUCCACUUGAGUUUCUAGCUUCAGAAAGAAUACUGUGAAUUGUAUUUGAACUGUACUAUCAGUUAUUUUUUUAUACAUGAACGUUCCUGUAUCAGGAAUAUUAAUAGAAAAAAUAUUUUUUUUUUGUUUUAAUAAAUUUCCACUACAUAGUUUGGACCCUUUACUAUGGGCAUGUCUCAUUUAAAUGGUUAUGGUUUGCUUUUUUCUACAAAAUGAAAUUAUGGUUAAUAUUCUACCCUUCUGUAGCAUGUAAAAUUUCUACGCUGUAAAAACAUGUAUAAAGAAAACGCCUUAAAAAUG